GGUCGACUCGGCCUUAAAUCGCCUGAGCUGGUGCGGUGGGUAAAGCGACACCUUCACCGCUGGGGAAGAAGAGAGACGACUCGCAACUCUCCUCCACCCCGUCGGCAGUCUUAACAGGCGCCCGCUUGUGCCGGCUAACGAGUGGGGGAGGUAAAACGUUGCCUCUGUGGCCGCGGAGCAGCGUCCCCCCGCCGGCUUCUCCCGGGUGACGGCGGCGGUCGACGGCGUCGAUGGCGGAGCGCAAGGCGAUGCGCUACGGCCACAUGGAGGGGUUCACGGGGCUCUGCUACGACGACGCCGGCAGGUACAUCGUGACAUGUGGGGUGGAUGGAGAUGUCCGCAUCUGGGACGGUUUUGACGACGACGACCCCACGUCUGUGCGUGUCGGAGAAAAAGCUCACGCUGUUGCACUCAAGGGCAGCCGGCUCGUCACGGCCGUGUCCAAUCACACGGUGCAAGUUCACACCUUCCCCGAGGGCGUCGCGGACGGCAUCGUCACCCGCUUCACUGCGGCCCCCUCGCACCUCGACUUCAACCAGGACGGCUCGAAGCUCGCCGCUGCCGGAAGCGACUUCCUCAUCAAAGUUGUGGCCAUCAACGGUGGAGAGCAGCAGGUGACGCUGUACGGACACCAAGCGCCUGUGCUUAGCGUCGCCUUUGACCCCUGCGGUGUGUUCCUGGCUUCGUCCAGCUGCGAUGGGACGGUGUGCAUUUGGCUCAUAUCUGAUCAGUCCAGAGCACAAACGUGGGCUCUUCUUGACAAGUCGAACGACGUGUGCAACGCACGCACUCUCUGCCGCCUCGCCUGGCAACCACACACUGGACAGCAUUUGGCCGUACCUGUGGGAAAAGCUGUAAAGGUGUUCGAGAGAAACUCAUGGGACAAGAGUUUUGAAUUGGUGGCCGAUGGAGUCGUGCAGCCCUGGAAUGUGGUUGCAUGGGCACCGGGAGGUGGAAGCGUGGCGGCUGCCAGCGUGGAUGGACACAUUGUGGUGUGGGACAUUGCUUCACGGAGCUGUGUUGAAAGAGUGAGGCACGAGAAAGGAUACAGCAUCUGUGGACUUGCUUGGAGCCCUCAAGGCAGGGGGGAGCUGGCCUACACGGACACCAAGGGCAACCUGGGGCUGCUGCUGCACGUGUCCAUGGGCUCCACCGUUGCUCCGCGAGAGGUGCCACAGGCUGCGCCCCAUGCUGCUGCUGCUGAGGACGCCUACGAUGACCUCUUUGACACAGAUGACGCAGGGUUCCGGGACGACGAAGCCAUGGAGGAUGAAGGUGAUGGAGAUGAUGCGAGGCCGGCGGCCAACCGCAACCGCAGUCUCGUGCUGCAUGACGAUGAUUCCCGUGACACGGGCUCGCUGAGGCAAGGUUCCGCUGUGGACGAGGACGACGGGAGUCGGGGCCCGGCAGCGGAGGAUCAGCGGCCAGGACCUCUUCCCCCGGGCAACACAGGCCCUGCACCCACCCCCCGACAGAAGGCGUUCCAGCCGGGAUCAACUCCCGCACACCUCUCCCACCGCUUCAUGAUGUGGAACUCGGUGGGAGUGGUGCGGAGUUACAAUGACGAACAAGACAGCGCCAUAGAUGUGGAGUUCCACGAUGCGUCUCUGCACCACAGCAUGCACCUCGCCAACAACCUGAACCACACGCUGGCCCACCUCUCCAACCAGGCCGUGCUCCUGGCCUGUGAGGCCACGGAGGACACGCCUAGCAAGGUGCAGUGUCUGCACUUCGGCUCCUGGGACACGACGAAGGAAUGGACUCUGGAGCUGCCCACGGGCGAGACUGCCCGCGCCAUUUGCGUGGGUGGGGACUGGGUGGCCGUGGCCUCCAGUGGGGCCUCCAUGGGUCCUCUGCUCAGGAUCCUGUCCCUGGGAGGCCUGCAAAGGGAGGUGUCCCUGCUCCCAGGGCCGGUGCUCGCCUUGGCCGCUCACGCGUCGAAGUUGCUCGUCGCCUACCACAGGGGUGUGGCCUUUGAUGGAGACCAGUGUGUAGGAUUCCAGCUUCUGGAUUUGAGCUGCCAAGGUAGAAGGGCCGUCGUGCGAGGAGACCCCAUUCCCCUGGGACCCAAGGCCCAUCUCACCUGGCUCGGCUUCUCCGCCGAAGGUACCCCAGUAUUUGCAGACUCGCUGGGGGUGGUCAGUCUCAUGAACCGAGCGCUGGGCUACAGCUGGACCCCGGUGUGUUGUACCCGUGACCUACUCAAGAGCCGCGGAGACCACUACUGGCUGGUGGGCGUACAGGAGGCCCUGCAGCAGCUCAGGUGCAUUCCAUGCAAAGGCUCCAGAUUCCCACCCACGUUGCCCCGUCCAGCGGUCACCGUAGUGCCCUUCAAGUUGCCGUUCUGCCAGAUGAACACGGAGAAAGGCGCCAUGGAGGAGCAGUACUGGUGCUCCCGUCUGACCAAGGGGGCCGGACCCAAGGGCGACGCCACGCACCACCAGCAAGAGUGCCUCAUGAAGAUGUUUGCUCUGGCGUGCAAGCUGGACCGGGAGUUCCGCUGCGUGGAGGUGGCGCACAUGAUGACCCCUGCGGCACUGACCCUGGCGAUCAAAUACGCGUCUCGCUCGCGCCACCUGGGUCUGGCGGAGCGCCUCGCCGAGCUGGCGCGGUCGCUCGAGGAUGAGGCGGAGGCCAAGGCGGAAGAUGAUGAGGACGUGGAGGUGGCGGAAAACGAGGCUGAGACUGCGGCCAAGGAGCCGCCUGUGAGGCGGGACACGGAUCGGAGCAGACCAGUGCUGCAGAGCAACAGAGACCAGGAACCUUCCUUGCCAAUCAGGCCAGGGCCAGUUGUGCGAAAAUCCGCAAUUCAUCGCAGCAACCCAUUCAAAGUGUCGGCAGAAGCUGCGACCUCGAACGAGGAGCGGCCUCCGUGCAGCAGCAUUCUGGACAGCAUGAGCAAACCCCGACGCUCGGUUCCCACCCCUAGUCCCGGCCCACAGCCUGCCAAGCCAAAGGCCAAGCAGGCGACACUGUUCGGAAUGAGUUUCAAAGGAAAAGACCAAGAGGUGGCUGGAGAUGCUCAGAAGAAGGAAGAGUCUGGAGAUUCUCAGAUGAAGGAAGCUGCUGGGGUCAUUACAAAAGACAAGGAAGCUGUGCGAUGCGUGCGCACUGGCUUUGAGCUGUGGCUGCGGGAAAACCGUGAGCUCGUGGAGGCCGGGCGCAGCGACCUCGGCGAGGAGGAUCUCGUGCGAGACGGGACCGCGCGCUUCCGGGAGCUCCCGUCGCAAGAGAAGAAGGAAUGGAACGCCAAGGCAAAGGCGUUUGCGCAGGAAGCUAAAGAGGUGGAAGAUUUGAAGAGGAUGCGCGAGGAGCCGGUUACGGAGAACGAUCGGAAAGCUCCUCCCGACGAUGAACGCGCAUCGAAAAGGAAGCGUCCUUUGGCAGCGGUUACAAGUGUACAGUUGUCGGCCUUUGCAUUCAGCAAGGAUGGGUGAUCUUACGGAGUUUGUACAAAGUGCCGCCCCACCGAUUUUUAACACGUUGGCUGCAAUAAAUGUUCGAUGUUUUUGGUUAAAAGCUUUGUUGAUGUGACAAGUUAAAUGGACGUUCGCGACUUAUAUUUGUAGGUCGUGUCAAAGUGUGGCUUUUAACACCAGUUGCACAGCAGCUGCACACCAGCUUCACAACCUGUACACGUAUCGGUACGCACCAACCACACGCCAGUCACAACACUGG